AUGCGGCUUUCAGAGUUUGGGGUUGGUGAUGUGCUGCAGGUGGUGGCCACGGCCCAAGGCUUGCGCUUCUGGGGCGCGAUGUACGACAUGGUAGGUGCUUCGUUCGAUAUCUUCCCCAAGUACAUCGGUGUUCGGUUGCGGCCAAGCGGCCGCUUCGACGCCGAGAUCCCCUCCGGCGAGAAGCGGAUCCUCCUUGGGACGUUCGACACGGCGCACGAGGCGGCGCGCACCUAUGACGUCGCCGCCUGGUGCCUCAGCCGCUCCCGCCGCCACAUGAACUUCCACGACGUGUGGACGCGGGAUCAGGAAGAGCAACUCGCGCCGCCGUCGCCGGUCAUCACGCGCGAGCAGCAACGGCGCGCCCGCGAGCUCGAGCAGCGCCUCCGCAUCGCGGAGCAGGACGAGUGCCUCCGCCUCGAGUGGGCGCGGCAGUUCCCGGAGGACGUCGCCGCGAUGGAGGCGUUCUACACGCAUAAGGAGGAGCAGAAGGCGCGGCGGUGGCGAAGAAGAAGGCGGACCGCGAGAAGCUCCGGGCGGAGUCGGCGGUGA